AUGGUGAGGCCCCAUCUAGAAUACGCCAACUCAGUCUGGGGACCGACGUCCAGAGGUGAUCAAGACGCCGUGGAGAGGGUGCAGAGGAGAGCGACAAGGUUCGUCCACUCCGUGCGACAUCUCGAGUACCAGGACAGGCUCAGGGAACUGAAGCUCCCCAGCAUGUACUACAGGAGGCUGAGGGGUGAUGUCAUCACAGUGUAUCUGAUGUUGACGGGACGCCUGAAGGUGACAGCUGGUGACCUGCUGGAACGAGAACCGUCCCAGAGAACGAGGAACCACGGUCUGAAACUGAGACAGCCCAGAGUCAACACCCAGCUGCGUCAAGUCUCCUUCUGUUCGCGCGUCAUCUCGGCCUGGAAUGGACUCCCAGCGGACGUUGUAUCUGCCCCAAGCGUCAACGCCUUCAAGAAUCGACUUGACAAGUUCUGGACGCACCGAGUCUACGAACUGAGAUGUCCGUGA